GUUGGCGGGUAUCCGGAAGUGUGUGCUCUCGCUCGCUCACUCGCUCACUCUCACCCAAUAGUCUACGAUAUCGAUUUGUCCAUGACCGAAGAGAUCCCAGCCACUCCACAGAUAGGCCCAUUUGUCGAGGAGGAUGAAGACAAAGAAGCAUUUCGGAGUGAGGUAGUCGAGAGCGAUGCUCCUAUCGUGAUCAGUGAAGAAGACAAUAAACGAGUGCUCCGUAAAAUCGACUUGUAUAUUCUUCCCCUCGCCGCACUCGUCUAUUGGUGUCAGUAUGUCGACAAGAGAGGUCUUUCUUUCGCGGCCAUCUUCGGACUGCAGACAGACCUGGGUCUCAAAGGUCAAGAAUACUCCUGGGCUUCGAGCAUCUUUUACUUUGGUACUCUCACAUCCCAGUUCGUUUCCCUCAAGCUCCUCCACAUGACUUCUGUCAACGUAUACGUCGGAGUCACUGUGGUCUUGUGGGGUGGUGUCAUGAUGGCGCAAGCAGCACCUCAAAACGCAAAAGACCUUCUCGCUGUCCGUUAUCUUCUAGGUGUUGCUGAGGGGAGCGCAUACCCCGCGUUCGUUGUCCUCAUCUCCUUCUGGUAUCGCAAAGCCGAACACCCAGCCAGGUUUGCAGUUCUCUACGGCGCCGACAUCGUCGCCCAAGGUCUCGGUGGCCUCAUGCUGUAUGGCCUGAGCUCGAUCAAGGGGUCUCUCGCAGGCUGGCGUAUUGCCAUGCUGAUAGUCGGCGGAUUGUCAAUCGUGAUCGGCCUACUGUUCGCUUACUUGACGCCUACCAACGCUGAAAAUGCUUGGUUCCUCACCAAGGAAGAUCGGCAGAUUGCUGUCGACCGAGUGGCUUUGGAGCAUGCUAGCGCCGAGUCGAGAGAGUGGAGGUGGGACCAGUUCUGGGAGACUCUCAAAGAUCCCAAGUUUUACAUUGUCAUAUGUUGGGCAUUCCUAGUCUGUGCUAGUACUGUGCUCAACUUUGGAACUUUGAUCCUGAACGGACUGGGUUACUCAACGUUCAUCACCGCGGUACUCCAACUCCCUGCUUGCGCGAUCCAAGCAGUGUGUAUGAUAUUUGCUGUGUUUGGUUGCAAGUACUUUCCGAACCGACGAGGGUUUGUUCAGAGCGGCUUGGCCAUCAUCCCCCUCAUCGGCGCCAUCCUCCUUCAAACGUUACCUUAUGGCGGCAACAAAUGGCCUCUUGCCGGUGCACUGUGGUUGACUACGUGCAAUCAGGGUAUCGUGGUCGUCAACCUUUCUGUCAUCUCUUCAAACAUCAAAGGCCAUACCAGAAAGACAAUGUUCUCCUCCUUUUACUACGUCGGCUAUGCUGUCGGAUGUAUCGUCGGUCCUCAGCUCUUCCUAUCUGAAGAGAAACCCCUCUACCGCACAGCUAUGCGCGCCAUUGCAGGCAUGUACGGUGCCUACAUCGUCUUGAUGCUCUUGUUCACUUACCUCUGCUGGCGGGAGAAUAACCGCAGAGACAAGUUGGCCGAGGAAGGGAUGGAAGAGGCCCAGCCUAAGCAGGCAGCCCACUUGGACAAUCAGUCGGACGUGAAGGAUCUGAGCUUGAGGUAUGUUCUGUAGUAGACGGAUAGGCGCAGAUGUCUUUGGAAUUGAGGUAGGGUCACGUUGUACGCGGUAAUAAGUUGCAAUAUAUUUGGGAUCAGGUCAUG